CAUCUUAAAAUGAUCUAAAAAAAAGAGCAAGCGGUGCAGCGAUUGUUGCUUGAUUAGAUAAUUAUAAAGUUUCUAAUAAUUUGUGCGCAUUCUAAUUUAAACUUUUAAGUUUUAAACCAUUUUGUGGUGUUGAAGCUUGAUUUUGUAGAGACUACCAUUAAAUAAAACAGAUUAAUAUAACUUUGAAGUUUUGAAAAAUGCAUAUUAAAGUUCAACUAGGAUCGGUUAUUUUAAAAGAAAAACCGUUUGUUUAUGUUUUAAGUAGUAAAUCUAGAACAGAAAGAUGCGACUAUUGCUUUAAUAGGGGACAAUUACUUAAGUGUUCCCAAUGUCAUUAUGUAUACUACUGCGAUAAAACUUGCCAAACAGUUGCCUGGGCCGUUCAUAAAUAUGAAUGUCUGAAUUUUAAAAAGGUUGCACCUCUAGUUGUCCCAGACUCGGCAAGACUGCUUGCCAGAAUAAUUAAAAAACUAGAAAAGGGGGGAAACCAAAUCAAGUCUUACCUUUCAGAAAGUAGCAGUAGAUUUAGAACAUUUAAGGAUCUUAUGUCUCAUUAUCCAGAUGUGAAGAAUGACUCAAAAAGAAUGGAACAUUUCAACUCACUCUGUGGAGUGUUAAAUAAAUUUCUGGGUGAUUCGUUUAUUCCUAAUCCAGCAGAACUUUUAGGUAUUUAUGGAAAGAUGUGCAUUAAUUCUUUUAAUAUUAAUGAUCAAGAGAUGAGAAGUAUUGGAACUGGUAUUUAUUUAGCGGCAUCUGUGCUUGAUCACUCUUGUGCUCCAAAUGCUGUUCCUGUCUUCCAAGGAACUACCUUAGAAAUACGUGCAAUAGAAAAUAUGUCUAACUUAGAUUUUAGUAAGGUAUUUAUUAGUUAUAUUGAUGUACUGGCAACUCCAAGGAAAAGACAAGAAGAAUUAUUAAAGGCCUAUUAUUUUUUGUGUGAAUGCCCAAAAUGUUUGAAUGAAAAAGAAUUGAGAUUAAUGACUGCUGCUGCUUGUCCUAUUUCUUCAUGUAAGGGUUACAUUGAGACAUAUAAAGGAGAAAAGGAUGCAAGUCCAUUACACUGUCUAGAAUGCCACUGUGUAGCUUCUAAAGAAUUUUUGGACGAGUUCAAUGAUGUUUGCCAGUUUACUCAAACUCAAAUUGAUAAUAUGAAAAACAUGACCUAUUUUGACGUUUGUAAAGUUUGCCUUCUUAAACAUAAAGGACUAUUGUACAGCAUGAAUAUCCUUCAUGUUAAGAUUUUAGAUUUGGCUUUUGAGUGCAGCAUAGAUUUAGAAUUAUGGAAUGAUGCAGUUGAGUUCGGAAAAGAACUUGUGGAUAAGUUUAGGUAAGGCUAUUCAUUUAUCUUCCAUUUUAAUUUAAUUAUAUAACAAUUCAGAUAUAUUUGGAGUCAAGUUACUAUUUAUUUAUUAGUAUUAUGUUGUUGAUUUCA